AUGGCCAAACCCGAGCUUCCCAAUGAUCAGUCCGAGAUACAAGGCUCAGCCUCCCACCCUAUGCCUGUCGGUGACGACGACAACUCUGGCAAGAAAUACACACCAGAACAGGAUGAUUCUGACGGAGAUACUGUGCGCUUGAGUACGCCAGAAUUUUGGGAAAUCGUGGGUGAUGGAGGAGCUUCCAUUUCACAGAAUAAUACCGCGGUCACGGAAUCAUCUCCUUCUUGGACGCCGUAUGGUCAAAGCUCCGAUUUUGGUACUGUCGAGCCUAGUGUAGCCACCUGUACCCAUCUGAGGGAGGAAAUAUCCGAACCUCCUAAGGCUUCCAAGGGCGACAAAGGACUAGCCUCGGGUCUACAAAAUACGGAGAAUUGCUCUAGUUUAGUGCCGGAAAAAAAUCUGCCAUCUUGUGGGCAACGGAACGCCUUAUGGCUUUGUGGUAAUGGUAGUCUGGAACUAUCUACCGAUGUCAUCCCGCCUCUGAAUGACAAUCCGCUAAAUUUGUUGUCUCAAAACUGUCCAGGCAAGCGCGAAAGAGAAGACCAACAAGAAGUAGAGUGUGGGACUAGAAGAUCAAAGCGCGUAAUGAGGCAACGAUGA